AUGGUUCAUAAAAAUAAAAAAACAAUCAAUCAAAGUAAGCAAAAAGAAAAAAUAAGUGACAAAGAAGAACUAAGCCAACCUGGCACAGAACUUGAAACAGACGAAAGUAAACAAGAUUCAGAUAUUAGUGAUGAGUCUUCUUCAACACAAAAUGAAAUUUCAGCUUUAUUUAAGCAAUUAGAAACUUUGGAAAGGCUUCAGACUAUCCCUAAAUAUGAAAAAGGGAUUCCUGAAUUUCGAAGAAUAUCAGAAAAUGAAAAGAGUGAAAUUAUCAAAAAAUUUAAGCGAAAAAAUCUAAACUUUCCAUCUACAACCUGCAAUUGGGCUAUUAGACAAAUAAUGCGAGGAAUAAUUAACAACAAAUGGGAUACAGCAAAACACAAAAUGAAAGAUCAAUUAUCUUACAAUAAUAAGAAAAAAAAGACCGACCCACCUGUUGAAAUAAAUGAUACCGUACAAUCGACCUCUCAAAUUUCUACUCCUUCACCAUCAAAUGAAACUGAAAAAUCUACUACCAAUCUAGAUCAACCUUUAGAUAUGGAUGUGACAUCUCCUUCCCGCAUUCCGUUUACAACUCUUCAAUAUCAAAAUGCUGACUAUGAAAUCCAAGACAAAGAUGCUAAUGAAUUAAGCGAAUAUAGUAGAGGCACUCAGAAUUCUGGCCGCAAACUGCGUAACCAUGCUUCUAGAAUGCCUGCACAAACUAAAGAAAGUAUUGAAACUACAAGAGUUAUAAGCAUGGAAGAUAAUGCUAUACCAAAUAGAGGACGUUCUUCAAAAAUGUCUAGUAAAGGAAAGAAUAACA